UAAAUCGGUACAAGAUGGCGGAGGGGGACGAGGCAGCGCGAAGGCAGCAGCAGCACCAGGGGCUGAGGCGCCGGCGGCAGACUAGCGACCCGAGCGUCGGGGUGAACCACGUCUCGUCCACGACCUCCCUAGGUGAGGAUUUUGAAGAUGAUGACCUAGUAAACUCAGAUGAGGUUAUGAAGAAGCCAUGUCCAGUGCAGAUUGUUCUUGCUCAUGAAGAUGACCAUAACUUUGAGCUUGAUGAAGAGGCCUUGGAGCAGAUACUGCUACAGGAGCACAUUCGGGAUCUUAACAUAGUCGUGGUGUCUGUGGCAGGAGCUUUUCGGAAAGGAAAAUCAUUUCUCCUGGACUUUAUGCUUAGAUAUAUGUAUAACAAGGAUUCUCAAAGUUGGAUUGGUGGAAACAAUGAACCGUUAACUGGCUUUACAUGGCGAGGUGGUUGUGAAAGAGAAACAACAGGCAUACAAGUUUGGAAUGAAGUAUUUGUGAUUGACAGACCUAAUGGAACAAAAGUGGCUGUGCUGCUAAUGGAUACCCAGGGUGCCUUUGACAGCCAAUCAACGAUUAAAGACUGUGCAACAGUGUUUGCUCUGAGCACUAUGACUAGCUCUGUCCAGGUAUAUAAUUUGUCCCAGAAUAUUCAAGAAGAUGAUCUUCAACACUUACAAUUAUUUACAGAGUAUGGAAGACUUGCAAUGGAAGAGAUCUACCAGAAGCCAUUUCAGACCUUAAUGUUUUUGAUUCGAGAUUGGAGUUAUCCUUACGAACAUUCAUAUGGUUUGGAAGGUGGAAAACAAUUCCUUGAAAAGAGAUUGCAGGUAAAGCAGAACCAGCAUGAGGAGUUGCAAAAUGUCAGGAAGCACAUCCACAACUGUUUUUCAAAUCUGGGUUGCUUCCUUUUACCACAUCCUGGUCUUAAAGUCGCGACCAAUCCUAGUUUUGAUGGACGACUGAAAGAUAUCGAUGAAGACUUUAAACGGGAGCUUCGAAAUCUGGUUCCAUUGCUGCUUGCUCCUGAAAAUCUGGUUGAGAAGGAGAUAAGUGGAUCUAAAGUUACUUGUAGAGAUCUUGUCGAGUAUUUUAAGGCAUACAUUAAAAUAUAUCAAGGAGAGGAACUACCACAUCCAAAGUCUAUGCUUCAGGCAACAGCCGAGGCUAAUAACCUUGCUGCAGUAGCAGGAGCAAGAGACCUCUAUUGUAAAAGUAUGGAGCAGGUGUGUGGUGGUGAUAAGCCUUACAUCGCACCUUCAGAUUUGGAGCGAAAACACCUGGAUCUCAAGGAAGUGGCACUCAAACAGUUUCGUUCUGUGAAAAAAAUGGGUGGAGAUGAAUUUUGCCGUCGUUAUCAGGACCAGCUUGAAGCUGAAAUCGAAGAAACCUAUGCAAAUUUUAUAAAGCACAAUGAUGGCAAAAAUAUCUUCUAUGCUGCUCGUACCCCUGCCACGCUGUUUGCAGUCAUGUUUGCUAUGUAUAUAAUCUCAGGACUGACUGGCUUCAUCGGCCUAAGCUCUCUAGCCGUCAUAUGUAACCUUGUCAUGGGGCUAGCACUGACGUCCCUUUGUACAUGGGCAUAUGUUAAGUACUCUGGGGAGUUCAGAGAAAUCGGAACAAUGAUUGAUCAGAUUGCUGAAACACUCUGGGAACAGGUAUUGAAGCCCCUGGGUGAUAAUUUGAUGGAGGAAAACAUAAGGCAGUCUGUAACAAACUCUAUCAAAGCAGGCCUGACUGACCAGGUGUCUCAUCAUGCCCGAUUAAAGACAGACUGACAGUUCAUCUCCUCAUGGACUCCACUCUUUUUUUCAUGCUUGCUGUACAAUGAGAACUCAAAUAAAAAUAAACCAAAGUUUACAAUCAACUGUAGAAGUAGUUUAGUAUAACUGGCUUCACAGAUGGCUGCCACAGAGUGUGAACAUUGUUUGUUGGUUUCCAGCCGCCUUCUGGUGUCUCCUUAGACCUGGAGACGACUGAGGAGCAUUAGUUUAUCAUGCACAUUUGUGCCAUGUUUUAUUCUUUUCUUUUUACUGAAUCUAAUGUUAGUGAAAUUUGUCUUAUGUAAAAGGAUAUUUCAGGGAAAUAUUUUAAGAAAUCUAUUUAGAGUCUCUUUAAUAUAGUGUCCCAUUGAAAUUUUCAUUUUUAGAGAAUUUAUGAAUCACUGUAUCAAGAAUCAGAUCAGAAUGACAAUGAAGCCUUUAUUGAGCCACUACAUGAAAAGUGUAUAUUGCUUUACUGCCUUCAAUGCCAGUAUUACAUAAAUGCAUGUAUCAGAAACGUCACAGAAAUCACAUGACAACUCUAUAGCUGAGAAGGUAAUUCUGAGGUGUACAUUUGUCUUGCCUUUUAAAAUUUGUAAACCUGCCCUGAAAGGAGAUGCAUAUCUGGGAAACUUAACUGUCUUUUCGCAGUUUAGCCUUCAUGUACAUAAAAUAUGCCAUUAAUUUUAUUGGGGGAGAAAUUCCAUCCAAAAAUGUUGCCUACAGCUAUGAGUUAAGAGUGUCUGUACAGUGUGUAGUUUUUAUUUUCUAAAAAUCACAGGUAGGGCAUGUAUAUGAAUUAUAAAUAUAUAAAUACAAUUUUGUAUUAAAAGUUUUUGUAGUUUAUGGCAAAAUCUGGUUCUGUGGUAGGCUAAGUACAGUCCCUGUGAAAGGAAUGUUUGUGGCUCAUGUCAGUGUAUGAAUGCAUAGACAAUUUGAAGUUUUGAUAUAUUUGUGAUAUUUAUCUUCCUUGAGCACUGCAAUCUCACCCCAAGGGAAUUCAAUGGGAAUGUUUUAUUGUGACUUGUCCUCUGUUGCAUUUUAAAGUUAUUUCCUGUAAUUUAUUUUCAGUACAUAAUUAAAAAUUUGUUGUAUAUAUAAAA